UGAGGGCGGGCCGGGAUGGAGGAGGAGGUGCGGUGCGUUGCGUGUGGCGCGCCCUUCAAUGACCCCGUGCUACUGCCCUGCCUACACGCCCUAUGUCGCCAGUGUGCGUGUGCCGCGCAGCGCCCCGUGCACGCCCUGCUGGCCGAGCCCGCCCCCGGGGCCUCCGGGGCCGCCGCCAGCCAUGAGCAGGAACCGCCCGACGGCGGGGACAGCGACAAGGCGUCGGUAUACAGUGAGACGGACAGCGGUGUGGUGGUGGCCUCGCGCCCCGCCUCCUGCGUGCCCAGCCCCGAGGCCUCGGGGGCGUGCGAGGGCGGCGAGGGCGGCGCGGGGACAACCCAGCAGGGCAUCCGUUGCCCCGUGUGUCUGAAGGUGUCGCCCCUGGGGGCGGGCGGCGCUGCCGAGCUGCCCCGUCACAACGCCAUGGCCAGGAUAAUCGCCCGUCAGCGUGGAGGGGACCCGCCCCCGGCGGAAGCACCGCAGGGCCCCGCGGCCGCAGCGGGCGCCGCCACCCUGCCGCCGUGCCAGCUGUGCGAGGGGCCGCCCCGCCCCGCCUCCACGGAGUGCAGCCAGUGCCGCGUGCUGUAUUGCGGCCCCUGCCUCGCCUCCUGCCACCCAGCGCGGGGACCACUGGCUGCCCACACCCUGGGACCAGUCACUCCCCUGGAGGGCCCCGCGGGACAGUGGGCUGGGGAGGUGUGUGCUGCCCACGGGGAGAGACCCACGCUGUACUGCCUGCUGUGCCGCUGGUGGGGCUGUGGAGAGUGUGGCCCGCGGCACGGCCAGCAGGGAGGCCACGACCUGCAGCCCCUCGACAACCUGGCCAAGACCCACAAGGCUGAGUUAUCGGAAUCUCUACAGCAGCUAUCGGGGCGCGCCAAGUCUGCCCACUCCCAGAUCACGAACCUGAAGACUUUCCAGGACCGAGUGAACGCUCACUGCGACAGCCUGGCCGGGGAGGUGGAGAAGCAAUGUACGGAGCUGCUGGAGGCGGUGCAGCAGGCGAGGACGAGGCUCCUGGCACAGCUGGCGGCGGAGCGGGAGGCCACCACCAAGAUAUACAGAGAGGAGGCGGCCACAUGCACCAGAAGGCUUCAUAAAACCACGGGACUCAUUCAGUUUUGUAUUGAAGCUAUAAAGGAACCUGACCCCGCUGCUUUCAUGACGUUGGGGCCGCAGCUGAUUGGCCGAGUGAGUGACCUUGACUUGGAGUGGGACAAGGACAUCCCCUCGGCCUGCAACCCGCGCCUCAGUCCCUACAUUGACCUCGACCUGGACCACAAGGGCGUGCUUCGAACCCUCAAUACUUUUAAUUUUAUCCGCAUGAAACCCUGCAUGGAGGGGGAGGAGCGUCGCCCAGCAGCCCCAGGAGCACCGGAGUUCCUGACGGAGGAGUGUGUCGGGGAGAACAACAGUAUCACGGCCACCUGGUCCCCGCACCCCACCACCCGCGUGUCAGGAUACGCUCUGGAGAUUGACGAUGGAGAUGGGGAGUUUAAGGAGGUACACAGGGGCCCCGAGACUCUCUGUACUGUGGAGGGGCUGCACUUCAACAUGGUGUACCACUUGAGGGUGCGGGCGUACAAUAUCUCCGGCGUGUCUCCCUACUCGGCGCCCGUUGCCAUCAGAACCUCCGCUACCGCGUGGUUCUCCCUGGACCGUACACUCUCCCACCCUGAAUGCCGGCUGGUUGGAGGCGGCGCGGGAGUGACAUGUGAAAGCUACCAACACCGCACCGCCCUCGCCUCUGUCGGGUUCUCGCGGGGUCGUCACUACUGGCAAUUCACCGUGGAGUCUUAUGAUGCCAACGCUGACGUGGUCUUUGGAGUAGCGCGGGCCAGUGUGGACAAGGAACAUAUGCUGGGCAAUGACGUGCACGGUUGGGCCAUGUACAUUGACCACCAACGCUCCUGGUUUCUGCACGGCGCCGCCCACCACGGACGCUGCGAGGGCGGCGUGGCGGUGGGAACAACUGUGGGCGUGCUUCUUGACCUCACCCACGGCACCCUCACCUUCUACGUCAAUGAGGAGCAGCAGGGUGACGUGGCCUUCACUGACCUGACAGGGCUGCUGUACCCUGCCGUGAGUGUCAACCGCAACGUGACCGUCACCCUGCACACUGCCCUCGACCCUCCACACUCAGACUAUGACAGCCAAUCCGACACCUGAGACCCCGC